AUGGGUUUGAUCCUUUUCCUUAUUCUUACCCCUUCCCUCGCCCUGGCCCCCCUCUCCCCCCUCUCCCCCCCCUUUCUCUUCCCCCACUCUCCCGUCUCUCCAAACCCUCGACCAGGCAUCCCAGGUGUGGCACGGCACUUAUCCUUCCUCUCCAUCCACCGCCCCCCCUCCUCCCCCUCCUUCCCCCUCUCCUCCUCCCCCCUUGCAUCCUCCGCGCCCCCUCGCCAUUUGCUGCUGGGGCGGACCGACACCAUCGUGAGCGUUACUGACGGGGAGGGGGAGCUGCGCGGCGGAGGGGGGCAGGGGGAGCGGGGGAAGCAGGGGGGGAACGGGAGAGGCGCGGAGCAGGGGGAGCAGGGUGCGGGGGUGCGGAGAGAGGGGGAGAAGCCGGAGCCAUGUGCGCCUGAGGAGGAGGAGCGAUGCGAGGAGGCGUACGGCUGGCUGCCGUGCAGCACGUCAGUGGGGGGCAACGCGUUCCUCAUGGUGGCGUACGGUUACAUCAUCCUCGUUGCUGCCAAGCUCAUUUCCGACGGCUCCGAGCUGCUGCUGCAGGUGCUGGAUCCGGGUCUGAUCGGGGGGCUGUUCCUGCCCAUGCUGGGAGCCAUGCCAGACACAGUGCUCAUUCUGGUGUCCGGGCUGGGAGGCAGCAAGGAGGAGGCGCAGGAGGAGGUGCUGGUGGGCAUGGGCGUGCUGGCGGGCAGCACCGUCAUGAUCCUCACUGUCGCCUGGGGGGGCUCCCUGCUCUGCGGCCGCUGCGACCUGGAGGAGAAGCAGAGGAGCGACGGGAGUGUGGAUCUGGUGGCCAGGGAUAAGACGCUCACCCGCCCCUGGGACCUGAAAGGCACAGGGGUGACAACGGACGAGCAGACGCGCCUGGGAGCGUGGAUCAUGAUGGCUACAGUAGUGCCCUUCCUCAUCAUGCAGGUGCCGUUCAUAGAUGGGGGGCAGUACCCCGAGUACCAGGCACGCAUCACGGCACUGCUGGGGCUUCUGCUCUCCACGACCGGCCUCGUUGCAUAUUGCGCCUACCAGGUGCUGUCCCCCUGGCUGCAGUCGUCCAAGAUCAACCACGCACGCAUGCACCUCAUGCGAGCGCGUGCCCUGCACCACCUGCACGACCUGGCGCUGCAGAACACGUGGGGCGGGCUGCUGCAGCCCGACGGCACGCCGAACCGCGAGACGAUCCACCGCGUGUUCCGGCACUUUGACGAGGACGGCAACGGCACGCUCUCCCGCAGCGAACUCAAGGGGCUCGUGCUCGGCCUCAGCAUUCGCAGCCAGGUACCAGGAGACGUGCCGGCAGACGAUGAGGUGGCAGCAUGGAUGCGCGACUUUGACUCCAACUCCGAUGGCGAGAUCGGCCAUGAGGAGUUCAUGUCAGGCAUGCAGCGGUGGAUCACCCACCACUCCUCGCCCUCCCAUCGCCCCUCCACCAUGUCCCUCCUCAGAGGCGCCAGUGCGGACAACAAGUUCUGGGAGGGGCAGCUGGCGAACGCCAAGGGGCAGCUGGAGGGGCUGGAGCAGGAGCUAGAGGAGGAGGUGGAGGACGAGGAGGAGGAGGAGGUCGUCAAAACGCCCGCACAGAUCUACCGCGAGGCGAUAAUGCUCAUAGCAGGCGGGGCGGUGCUGGUGGGGUGCUUUGCAGACCCCAUCAUUGGCUCCAUCACUGCCUUCUCCAGGGCAUCAAACAUCCCGGCCUUCUUUGUGGCGUUUGUGGUGACGCCGCUGGCGUCCAACGCGAGUGAGCUCGUCUCCUCGCUCUACUUCGCCAUGAAGAAGCGCCGCCGCACCGCCUCGCUCACCUACUCACAGGUCUACGGCGCCAUCACCAUGAACAACACCAUGUGUCUGGGCACGUUCCUGGCGCUGAUCUAUUUCCGCGGCCUGGCAUGGGAGUUCAGUAGCGAGGUUGUUAUCAUCCUCCUCAACACCUUUGUGGUCGGCCUCCUGGGCGGCAGCCGCCACACCUUCCCCACCUGGAUGGCGUUCCCUGUCCUCUUGCUCUACCCAGCGUCGCUUGCCAUUGUGGCUUCUUCCGUCGUUCCACUGCAGCACUCAUUCCUCACCAUGGCGACCGCUCCCGUUUCCUCGGCGAUGAAGGCCUCCCUCUCCACGAGCAAGGCGUCCCUCGCUUCCCCCGUGGUCUCCGGCCCUGCCUCCGCCAACAUCGCGCGCUUCGACGGGCUCAAGUCGGCCUCCGCCUUCGCCGGCGCCAAGCCCACCCCUCAGGCCGCUCAGCUGGGCACCAAGUCCUCGGCGGUGCAGAGCAGCGAGGCGCAGCGCGGCGUGGUGCGGUGCGAGCAGACGGAGCCCGGCAUGAAGCUGGUGUUCGUGUCGGCGGAGGUGGCGCCGUGGAGCAAGACGGGCGGCCUUGGCGACGUGCUGGGCGGCCUCCCCCCCGCGCUCGCCGCCAGGGGCCACCGCGUGAUGACGGUGUCGCCGCGCUACGACCAGUACAAGGACGCCUGGGACACUGACGUCAUCAUCGAUGUGAAGGUGGGCGACGCGGUGGAGAAGGUGCGGUUCUUCCACUGCUACAAGCGCGGCGUGGAUCGCGUGUUCGUGGACCACCCGUUGUUCCUGGCCAAGGUGUACGGCAAGACGGGCAGCAAGGUGUACGGGCCCAAGACGGGCGUGGACUACGACGACAACGUGCUGCGCUUCUCGCUCUUCAACCAGGCGGCGCUCAUGGCGCCCAAGGUGCUGGCGCUCAACAACAACCCGUACUACUCGGGCACGUACGGCGAGGACGUGGUGUUCGUGGCCAACGACUGGCACACGGGCGUGCUGCCGGCGUACCUCAAGGUGCUGCAGCAGCAGGGCCACUUCCGCCAGGCCAAGGUCGCCUUCUGCACGCACAACAUCGCGUACCAGGGCCGCUUCGUGCCCAGCGACUUUGACCGCCUCAACCUCCCCGACUCCUUCCGCCCCUCCUUCGCCUUCACUGACGGGUACGCGACGCCGGUGAAGGGGCCGAAGAUCAACUGGCUGAAGGCGGGGUUCCAGGAGGCGGACAUGGUGCUGACGGUGUCGCCCAACUACGCGACGGAGCUGCAGUCGGGGCCGGCCAAGGGCGUGGAGCUGGACGACGUGAUUCGCGCCACGGGCAUCAAGGGCAUCGUGAACGGCAUGGACGUGUCGGAGUGGGACCCGUCGGAGGACAAGUUCCUCGACGCGCGCUACGACGCGUCCAACGUGCUCGAGAUCAAGCCGGCGCUCAAGGAGGCGCUGCAGGCGGAGGUGGGGCUGCCGGUGCGCGCGGACGUGCCGGUGCUGGCGUUCAUCGGGCGGCUGGAGGAGCAGAAGGGGUCGGACAUUCUGUCGGCGGCCGUGGAGGAGAUUCUGGCGGGCGACGUGCAGCUGAUCGUGCUGGGCACGGGCAAGAAGUACCUGGAGCAGCAGCUCGAGGCGCUCGAGGCCAAGUACCCCGACAAGGCGCGCGGCGUCGUCAAGUUUAACACCCCGCUGGCGCAUCUCAUGACGGCCGGCGCCGACUUCAUGCUCGUGCCGUCGCGCUUCGAGCCGUGCGGGCUGAUCCAGCUGCACGCCAUGCGCUACGGCACCGUGCCCAUCGUGGCGUCCACGGGCGGGCUUGUCGACACCGUGAAGGACGGCGUCACAGGCUUCCAGAUCGGCGAGUUCAACGUCGACUGCGAGGCGGUGUAUCCGGAGGACGUGGCGACGCUGGCGGCGGGAGUGCAGCGCGCGCUCAAGGUGUUCGGCACGCCGGCGUUCGACCAGAUGAUUCUCAACGGCAUGGCGCAGGACCUGUCGUGGAAGGGCCCCGCCAAGGAGUGGGAGGAGACGCUGCUCUCGCUGCAGGUCGAAAACUCCUCGCCCGGCCAGGCCGACGGCGUCGAAAUCGCGCCCAAGGCCCUCGCCAACGUCGCCGCUCCCUAA